AGUGGCGGGCGGGCGGGGCAGGUUCCUCACCUGCAGCGGUGGCUGUGUUGAUACAACGGAGCGGCCCGCCCGCCCAGGGAGAAGGAGCUGAGGAGCAGGGUGAGGCCGCGGCUGGGAGGGAGGCGCAGAGGUUGCGCCUACCUGGGCCCUGGCCACUCCCCAGCCACUGAGGACUGAGGCUGGAAGGUGUGGCAGGGGAAUCCCAGUCCCAGUCCCAGCCCCAGGCUGACGCCCGCCCGGCCAGAGCCAGCGCCUGACCAGAGCCAGCGCAGAGCAAACCUGGGCCAAGGCUGGACCAAGAUGGGGUCCGUGUUCCGCAGCGAGGAGAUGUGUUUGUCCCAACUCUUCCUCCAGGUGGAGGCUGCCUAUUGCUGUGUAGCUGAGCUCGGAGAGCUUGGACUGGUUCAGUUCAAAGAUUUAAACGCGAGCGUGAACAGCUUCCAGCGGAGAUUCGUGAACGAGGUCCGGAGGUGCGAGUCGCUGGAGAGGAUCCUCCGUUUUCUGGAAGAUGAGAUGCAGGAUGAGAUUACAGUCCAGCUGCCCGAGAAGUACCCACAGACCCCGCUGCCCCGGGAAAUGAUCGGCCUGGAGACAACCCUAGAGAAACUGGAAGGAGAGUUACAAGAAGCCAACCAGAACCACCAGGCUUUAAAGAAAAGCUUCCUAGAGCUGACAGAACUCAAAUACCUCCUGAAGAAAACCCAGGAUUUCUUUGAGACAGAAGCCAAUUUAGCUGAAGAUUUCUUCACUGAAGACACUUCCGGUCUCCUAGAGUUAAGAGCUGUACCUGCGUUCAUGGCUGGGAAGCUGGGGUUCACAGUCGGCGUGAUAAACCGGGAGCGGAUGGCUUCCUUUGAGAGGCUGCUGUGGCGAGUUUGCCGAGGAAACAUCUACUUGAAGUUCAGUGAAAUGGACGCCCCCCUGGAGGAUCCCGUCACGAGAGAAGAAAUUAAAAAGAAUAUAUUCAUCAUAUUUUACCAAGGAGAGCAACUCAGGCAGAAAGUCAAGAAGAUCUGUGAUGGGUUUCGAGCCACUGUCUACCCCUGCCCAGAGCCUGCCACGGAGCGCAGAGAGAUGCUGGCUGGUGUCAACGUGAGGCUGGAGGAUCUAAUCACGGUCAUAACACAAACAGAGUCUCACCGCCAGCGCCUGUUGCAGGAAGCAGCUGCCAACUGGCACUCCUGGGUCACCAAAGUGCAGAAGAUGAAAGCCAUUUACCAUACCCUGAACAUGUGCAACAUCGACGUCACCCAGCAGUGUGUCAUCGCUGAGAUCUGGUUCCCAGUGGCGGACACUGCACGUAUCAAGAGGGCGUUGGAGCAAGGCAUGGAACUAAGUGGCUCCUCCAUGGUCCCCAUCAUGACCGAAGUGCAAUCGAAAACAGCCCCUCCCACCUUUAACAGGACCAAUAAAUUCACAGCUGGCUUCCAGAACAUCGUGGAUGCCUAUGGCGUGGGCAGCUACCGGGAGAUGAACCCAGCUCCCUACACCAUCAUCACCUUCCCCUUCCUGUUCGCUGUGAUGUUUGGGGACUGCGGUCAUGGAGCGGUGAUGCUGCUGGGAGCCCUCUGGAUGGUCCUGAAUGAGGAGCGGUUGCUCUCCCAGAAAAGCAGCAACGAGAUCUGGAACACCUUCUUCCACGGGCGCUACCUGAUCCUGCUCAUGGGCAUUUUCUCCAUCUACACGGGCUUGAUCUACAAUGACUGCUUCUCCAAGUCCUUCAACAUCUUUGGCUCUUCUUGGAGUGUCCAGCCUAUGUUCAGAAACGGGACAUGGAGUGCUAAAGUAAUGGAAACAACUCCCUAUCUACAGCUGGACCCAGCCCUGCCAGGAGUAUAUUCUGGAAAUCCAUACCCAUUUGGGAUCGACCCGAUUUGGAACCUGGCUUCAAACAAACUCACCUUUUUGAAUUCCUAUAAAAUGAAGAUGUCAGUUAUCCUGGGAAUUGUCCAGAUGGUUUUUGGAGUUGUUCUCAGCCUCUUCAAUCAUAUAUACUUCAGAAAAACUCACAAUAUCGUUCUGCAAUUCGUCCCCGAGAUGAUUUUCAUCCUGUGCCUAUUCGGGUACCUGGUUUUCAUGAUCGUUUUCAAAUGGUGUCAGUACGACGCCCACAUGUCCCGGAGUGCGCCCAGCAUCCUCAUUCACUUCAUCAACAUGUUCCUGUUUGACUAUGACGACUCUUCCAACGUGCCCCUGUAUGAACACCAGCGAGAAGUCCAAACUUUCUUUAUUGUAAUGGCCUUGGUUUCUGUGCCGUGGAUGCUUCUGAUCAAGCCACUUAUUCUUAGAGCCCAGCACCGGAAAUCCCAGCUGCAGGCUUUCACGGUCCAAGAAAAUGCCACAGAGGACGUGGAAAGUGGCACCUCCAGUCCCUCUGAUUCUGCAGAUGCCCACGGGGCUCAGGAUGACCAUGAAGAGGAGUUCAACUUCGGAGACGUCUUUGUCCACCAGGCCAUCCACACCAUCGAGUACUGCCUGGGCUGCGUCUCUAACACGGCCUCCUACCUGCGGCUCUGGGCGCUCAGCCUGGCGCACGCCGAACUGUCUGAAGUCCUCUGGACCAUGGUCAUGAACAUCGGCCUCCGUCUGCAAGGCUGGGGAGGACUCGUUGGGGUGUUUGUCAUUUUUGCAGUGUUUGCUGUUCUGACGGUGGCCAUCCUCCUCAUCAUGGAGGGCCUGUCUGCCUUCCUCCACGCCCUGCGGCUGCACUGGGUGGAGUUCCAGAACAAAUUCUACACCGGGGCUGGGUACAAGUUCUCUCCGUUCUCCUUCAAGGACAUCCUGGAAGGGACAGCCGAGGAGUAGCUGCAGCCUGCGCCUCCCGCGCCAGGGCCUGUGCCAGCAGGACGCGUUGAGCCUUGUUGCCGAUGGAAAGCGUCCCGUGGAUGAUGGUUCUUGGCUACCAGAGGCAUGAAGCAGUGUGUUUUUGGGUGUAAGCCUUGGAGUUUGACAACCGCGUCAGAGGGGAGCUGCUUUGGCAGUUCCUUUGGACUUCAUGGGAGGUCUUAAUUACCAACCAAUAAAAUGAUUGGGAAGAGAGGGGGCGUGUGUGAACCGAGUCUGCUUGUAAUACUCAAAGUAUUGUAAUCAAGAAAACAAACAAAUGAGUCAUUGA